AUGGAAAAUCCUAAGCAAAGACUCGUGAGUUUUGCAAUUGCAAUUGCAACAUUACUCUUCGCUGGGAUUGUUUUCCUUUACAGCUCUACCUCCUCUUUCUCCAGUGAAUUAAUUCUAGCCCAGAAAGAACCAAUCUGCCAACAAUCAAACAGUACCAACGUGGAAGCAUAUGGAGAUGAACUAGACUCUGCAUUGGCCAAAGCCUCAAUGGGAAACAAAACGGUGAUAAUUGCUAUAGUAAAUAAAGCCUAUGCUGAUCAAGAUAUAAAGGGUGAUACAACUAUGCUUGAUCUAUUUCUCACCAGUUUUUGGCUUGGAGAUGGAACCAGGUCUCUCAUUGAUCAUCUUCUCAUAGUAGCUGUUGAUCGAACGGCCUAUGAUCGAUGCCAGUUUUUGCGGUUAAACUGCUUCAGAUUGGAAACAGAUGGUGUUCAUUUUGAAGGAGAGAAACUCUUCAUGUCUCAAGAUUUCAUCAAGUUGAUGUGGAGAAGGACAUUUUUCCUCUUACAAGUUCUCAAACGUGGCUACAGUUUCAUUUUCACGGACACUGAUGUAAUGUGGCUAAGAAACCCUUUUACAAGGUUGAGCAAGAAUGAGACUGAGGACCUUCAAAUCAGCACAGACAUGUACCUUGGUGAUCCUUGGUCAGAAAAAAAUCCAAUCAACACAGGAUUUUACCUUGUGAGGUCUAACAACAAGACCAUCUCCUUGUUUGAAACAUGGUAUGGAAAGAAAGACAAUUCCACAGGAGAAAAGGAACAAGAUGUGCUUGUUGACCUCAUUAAAAAUGGUAUAAUUGGAGAUUUGGGACUUAGAGUUAGGUUCUUGGACACCCUUUAUUUUAGUGGAUUUUGCCAAAAUAGCAAAGAUUUUGGGGCAGUCACCACCGUCCAUGCCAAUUGCUGCAGAAGUAUCAAUGCUAAGGUAGCGGAUUUGAAGAAUGUCCUACGUGAUUGGAAGAAAUUUAAGAGGAUAGAGGGUAAUUCAACAGUGAAUUUGGAGUGGACUAAGCACAAUUGGUGUUCGCAUUCUUGGGAAAGUGCUAACAAGAUUGUAUAA